GCCCCCUGGCGUCUCCUUUCCACACCCGACGCCGCAUCUCAAGACCCUGCUCAUUAUAUAAAAACACUCCGAGACUCUUUCCUCGCCUCUGGUCUGUCUACACGCGAUCAAGGAGUGAACUGAUGGACCUCAGUGUCUUCCUCGGCACACAAGGCUCGGGGUUGGCGCUUGGGCAUCUCCAGUAGGUUUUGCCUCCGACGGCGGGAAGGGUCUCUCUUUCUCUCUCUCCAUCUCUUUCUGUCUUUCUCUUUCUUCCCGCUCCAAAGCGGAGAGACACGGAGGGAAGCAGGCUGCCUCCUCCUCCUCCUCUCCCUUUCCCCCUCCUUCUCUUCCUUCUCUUUGGCUGGGAAGUUGGAAGUGGAGAAGGCAAACGCGACGGGGAGGAUGUAACUUCUGAGCCUGGAUUGGGACAUGGACCAAAGGCAGGAGGCGGACCUCUCUCUCGCUGGAAGAUGGACUGUCUUGCCUGCAGAAGAUGUGGGACAUUAUCCUGAUCUAUUCUGGUGCACAGCUGCACAGAUGAAAACCCCCAUGGUGUGAAUUUUCUCCCUGGAGUUCCUAGGGUGAUGGGGACUUGACUGGGUAUUCAGGCAAAAACCAACAGUGAGUAAGUGGAAGGAAGGUGCCUAAACGUGAAAAUAAGAUGGAGCAUAAAGAUCAGCCCUGACAUAUCUUUGAUUAUCUUCUGGAAUGGAGGGGUUUUCAACCUGAUUUUUGUCUACUCACUGAAGGCAAUAAGCAGUUUGUGUAGCUCAGAUAAGAUGAAUCAGACAAACCUCACAACAGAAACUAAUGUGACUGUCCAAUCCAAGACAGCUACUGAAAACAUGCUUAUUGCCCUGACUCUGUCUGUCAUUACCACGCUAACAAUGCUGCUGAACUCUUCGGUCAUUUCAGCAAUUUGUACAACAAAGAAGCUUCACCAGCCAGCAAACUAUUUAAUAUGCUCACUGGCUGUUACAGACUUACUUGUUGCUGUUCUGGUCAUGCCCUUGAGCAUUACCUACAUAGUUAUGGAAAGAUGGACGCUUGGAUACUUCCUCUGCGAGAUAUGGCUAAGCAUAGACAUGACUUGUUGCACAUGUUCAAUACUUCACCUUUGUGUCAUUGCACUGGACCGAUAUUGGGCCAUUACGGAUGCCAUUGAAUAUGCCAGGAAGAGGACUGCCAAGAGAGCUGCGGUUAUGAUUGGCACCGUAUGGACCCUUUCCACUUUCAUCUCCAUGCCUCCUUUGUUUUGGAGAAACCACAGCAUUAACAUCGAUUCCAGUGAAUGUCAGAUUCAGCACAACCAUGUCAUCUAUACUAUUUACUCCACAUUUGGAGCAUUUUAUAUCCCCUUGACCCUUAUACUUAUCGUCUAUUAUCGGAUUUAUCAUGCUGCAAAGAGUCUUUAUCAAAAGCGUGGCUCAAGCCGACACCUCAGCAGCAGGAGUACAGACAGCCAAAACUCUUUUACCAGUUGUAAGAUCACACAGACAUUCUGUGUGUCUGAUUUCUCCACAUCGGAUCCCACCACGGAGUUUGACAGAAUGCAUGCCUCAAUGAAGAGCCCUACUUUUGACAACGACCUGGAUUUGGUUGGAGAUCGCCAACAGAUUUCCAGCGUACGAGAGCGCAAGGCUGCACGCAUCCUUGGCCUUAUUUUAAGUGCGUUCAUUUUGUCUUGGUUACCAUUUUUUAUUAAAGAACUCAUUGUAGGCCUUGGACUUGGCACUGUGUCUACAGAAGUGGCUCACCUUUUGACAUGGUUGGGUUACGUGAAUUCCCUGAUCAAUCCACUGCUGUACACUAGUUUUAAUGAAGAUUUUAAACUUGCCUUUAAAAAGCUCAUUAAGUGUUGGGAACACUCUUAAAACAACACCAGAUGGUUUCAAUGUGACUUCCUGGCCUUAAAUAAGAGAGAGAGAGAAAAUAACUUAACCUAGCAACCCAUUUGGAUUCUUUUGUUUUUAGGCUGGAGAGCACAUAUUAAAAAAUAUUAAUUUAGCUUGUCUUUCUGCUUAAUAUCUCUUUAACCUGUGAACUUAUCAUGCUGCUUUUUACCUCUUUCUAUUAUGAGUACAUGUAUUUCUAUAUCAUGAGAUUCAAAUACAUUUUAUUACACAGGUUCUCUCAGUUCCCUUUCCCUCCCUCCCUCCUCCUCUUCCUCCUCCUCCUCCUCUUUCUAACAUAGAGCACAUGCAGCAUAAAGAGUCCAAUUCAAUACUUGUCUUUAGACCACUUCUAAUAAAUUAUGAACCGUCA